UCCAUCAGCCAAGGACUCCGGAAUUAAAACACGUAUAGGCACUCGCCUAUCACAAACAGCAUGUUAGAUUUAAUUUAAAUGUUUUCAUUUUCCCUUUAAUCACUGGAAUCUCUCAGUUAUCUCAGCUUUGCAGUUUCCUCUGUCUUGCUGUUGGAAUGCAACUCGGAUAGGUUAAGUUCACACAGCAAGCUACUUGCCUCCAUCUGAUCUAAUGUUGUCAAUUCAUCCUUGAGGAGUAACACUGAUUGGUGAAGAAAGGGGCCAGGGACAUUGAUGGCAGAUACAGUCCAAAAGGACUGCAAGCAGGAAAGCGACGCUAUGGGUUUGCCUUCAGAACCUCAUUCCAAGAGACAGCCUGAAGCUCAGCAUGCUGGGCAGCCCAACAUAGAGGGGCCAAAGCACAGUGACAGUUCAUCACCGAUAGGAGGGGCUGCUUCAGCCUCAGCAGAGUCUAAAGAAGCGGUGUCAGAAACCCAAAGGAACGAGAAGAUGGCUGAGGAUAAUACAUUGAUAGGGAAGCUAGCAGAGAACGGCACAGGAAGUUAUGGGGAGACCAGUAGGUCCACCGAUGCACCUUUUGGCACCCCAUCACAUCAGCUAACCAAAAAGGAGGCUCCUGCUUUUAAUGCAGGAGAAAGCCCUCUGUUGCAUCCUGAUGCAUCAAGCACUGAUGAAAAUGUCGCACGAGUCACCCCCACUUCAAAGAAAAAAGGCAGACCCAGAAAGAACCCUGUUCCACAAAAGCUGCCCACGCUGAGUGAAGAGAGGGCAGAGAACGGCGAGGCCCAAACUCCACAGCCGCCAAAGGUCUAUAAGAAGAGAGGGAGGAAGUCAAAAGCUGAACUGUUGGCAAUGCGGCUUGAACAGGGACUGCUGGAAACACCAGAGCCAGUCACAGAGCAGCUAGAAGAGGAGAUCAUUGAUGAACAAGAGAUGACCCUGGGAGGACGACCCAAGAGGAGAGCUGCUAAAGUGGCUAUGAAAUACCUCCACUCCCUUGCUGAGGAGAUGGGAUACUCCAACCAGACUCCUCAGGCACCUACGAACACCACCGCCAGUGAGGACACAGAAUCCAGUACGCCAGUGAAACGCGGGAGAGGGAGGAAGAGGAAGAGGAACACAGAUGAGGACUCUGAUGAUGUGACCAGUGAUGCAGACUUUGUCCUUCCUGAUGGAGUAACUGUCGAUGAGGAGGAGGAGGAGGAGGAGGAUGCCUUAGAAGUUGAAUCUGAAUCUGACCUGGAAAAUAAGGAGAAUAAAAUAAGAGUGGCACCUGCUGCUGCUAAACCAAAGUUCUUGGGCAUGGCUGCUAAUGGCUUGCUGAACAACAUAAUGGGUCCUGUUUGGAACUGUAUGCACAUAACAAAGGAGUAUCGAGAGCAAUGCUAUUCCCCCUGGGUGUUUCCUGAAUGGAUACCUUCUGUGAAGGACUGGAAGUUUCUGUCUGAGAGUGAAGCACUCAAUUAUUUACCCCAAGAAGAGAAAUCGCCACCCUUUAGGAUAAGAAGAGAGGGUCUUAACAGCGAUAACACGCUGCAUAGAAUUGGCAGAUUUCAGUCCCUUUCCUCGCAUUAUGAACGAUGGGACUUGGCUUUCUUUGUCGGUGGUCCAGUGUGGUCAAUGGAGUGGUGCCCCUGCCCCGAAGGGUCAGCAUCCACUCAGUACGCGGCCAUUUACUGUAACAAGGGGAUGGAUGACAGGCACAAGAUGUCUGGUACGCACACAGAGCCAGCACUGUUGCAGAUCUGGAACAUAGGUGACCUGCAGCAUUUCAGUUGCCCAACAAACAAAGCCACCUUUGCAUACGGGGUUGCCUUGGAUUACGGCUGCAUAUGGAAUAUGAAGUGGUGUCCUAGUGGGACUUGGGAGCUUCCUUCAUCCAACAGAAAGAUUCCCCAGAUGCCCAGGCUUGGACUCUUGGCUGCUUCCUUUUCAAAUGGAAAAAUUGCUGUGCUCAGCCUUCCACAUCCAGAAUCAUUGACUGCAUACAAGACAUAUCAGAGUAAAGGAUCAGCAAGUGAACAACCGCUGAUAUGCAAGGUACAAUGCACUGUUGUGUUGGAGGCGGGAUCGAUACAGGCCAACACUAACUCCCAGUGUGGACAAUGCUUCUGUCUGGACUGGAUGCCGAUGGAAGACCACAAGUUCCUGGCAGCUGGCUUCUAUGAUGGUACGGUAGCCUUAUGGAACCUAUCUACCAAAUCGCUGCUGCAGCGCGUCUGCCAAACCAAUGGAUCUGUUACUCUAUACCCCUACCACAGCUUCAUAGCCCAUGACCAUGCUGUUCGUGUUCUCACCUGGUGCAAAGCCAGCAGUGAUUUUAUACUCACAGCCAGCGAGGACAGGAAGUUGAAGUUCUGGGAUCUCAGGAGGACUUAUGAGCCAGUCAGUGUCAUUAAACGCUACCUCAGUACAGAGGUGUCAUGGCAGCUUCAUUGGUGUGGAAUCUCUGUGGCACAGGAAAACUGCUACGUUGCGUUUGGGCUUAAUGGAAUCCAUUAUAUUGAUGCUGGAUACAUAGGAUAUAAACCAUAUUUUGUUGCCCCCAGGAGGGGAACAGUAUGGAGUAUAUCUGGCUCCGAUUGGCUCAAUACCUGUACCACAGGAGAUAGCACUGGGGAAGUCAUAAUGAUGUUGCUUGCUGACAUGACAGCCAAUCCGAACAACAUCAAGCGACCAAGUGACCGCAGAUUUCCUGUUUACAGGACUGAGCUUGUUCAUUUUGAUGCUGCUGCCAGUAGGCCUUCCGAUGCAGAGGGAAGCACGGUGACAACUGACAGAACCCCUGUUUGUGAACCGCGGUCAUACAGCGAGGCAAUUAAGAAAUUCUACCUUCUGUUUGAAGAUACAGAUAUGAGGUCAUUUAAAAAUGCUGCUAAGCGAGAGCCAAUGAAGCAAAUGUAUGCCACAGAAGCAAAGGGUUCACUGUCUCCUGAUAGGAUGCCUCUCGACUCCAUACACAAGGUCCGGUUCAAUCCCAAUCUUGAUGCUCAUGGCUGGCUACUGUCAGGUGGGCAGUCAGGCAUAGUCCGAGCACACUGCCUCCGAGGAUUGAACAGCCCCAUCACCAGCAAGCUCAUCCGGGAGAGUCAGGCUCAGUUCAACGCCAUGUACCAGCCUCAAGGAACUACAGCCAGUGAGGCAAUCAUGAAAACUGUCAUCCACAGUAUAGAAACCAUUGUAGAGGUGCUGUGAAAGGAGUUGCAGAAAGAGUUCUAGAUGCACAUGGUCCCGCCAUUUGUUUUUGCUGUCCAGCUUCUCCAAGAUGCUUAAUUUAUUUAGUUCCAAAAUAUAUAGAUGUAUAUUUUUACUUUAAUACUACUAAAAAUAAUAAUAAUAAAGCUUUUAAAUAGUCAUGCUCUGCAAUACUUCUACUAAAUGGAAAUUAAAAUUAAUUAAAAUAAUGCACAGCACUUCUGAUGUGGUGCUGAAUGGUGCUCUUAGGUUUUGUUUACUUGUUGCUGCAGCUUUUUUGGUUAAAAACCACCUCCUUUUAGUUAGUUUUGUUAUGUGUCUGUUUCUGUGAUGUGCUUUUGUAGUAUGUGGUUUUUUUUUUUUUGGUUUUUUUUUUUUUAAUUAUACACAGGUUUAUAUUAAAGGGGGUGUCCAGUAAAUGUAUAGCUUGAAACACAGAGAUCCUACAUUAUAUUGGUGGUUGAAAAAAAUAUAUUUGACCCUACCCAUUUCAUAAUAUGGAUUUAGGGGUUAAAUGUAAUGGAUGAGGAAUACUUUCCCACCAAAGAAAUAGCGGUUCUUUACUCAUGCUGUACAACACCCCACGGUCACCCUCAGACUAUGACCAAGUGCUUUAUUUUUAAUGCACUUCUCCAUUCUUCCACAGUAAUAUAUUUUAAUAUGUAAGUGCUGAAAUAUAUUCUGUGAUAGAUACAUGUCAGAAAAAAAAAAUUGCUUACCAGGAAUAUUUCUUUUAAGGCGAAGUCUGGCACAUAUUUCAGAUAUGUAAAUGUUUCACAGAUAUGCAACGCACAAAUGCAGGUUUUUUUAACAUGUCAUAUCAUUUUUUUUUUCUUUUUGUGAAUAUAUUUUCCAGUUGUGAAAACUGAUGGUCUUCUUGAUAUUUAGAUAGUUUGACUCCAAACCUGGAGUGAAGGCUACAGGAAGUGAAAUCAGUCUGAAAAUACAUAUUGUUUAUAUAUGUGAGAUUAUAUAAUAAAGGAUUACCACCAAGGAAUUUUUAGCUUUGACAAACUUUCCUGCCAGAUAUUUUUGUUACUCUGUUCCUAUUUGUUUUUUUAAUUUGAGAUUCAGUGUACAGGAUUUCUAUAAAUUGCUUCCCCGCUGCUGCAUUGACAUGUAAAACACAUUGUACUGCGACAUUAAAUAAGCAAGCAACGUGGGAAGGCAGCUGUGUUCUUGCUCUAGAGCCGAAAACAACCAUGAAGACUUUACAGGUGCUUGCAUAGUGUAGUCUCUCUCUCUCUCUCUCUCUCUCUCUCUCUCUCUCUCUCUCUCCACUGCCUA